CUCUCUCCAAAAAUUCAUCAAAUUGAUCUAAAGUUUUUCCCUUUUUUUGUAUAAUCAUGGCGAAUCUGCAGAGCAAUUUCAACCAGAAGAUCGACUACGUAUUCAAGGUGGUUCUGAUCGGAGACUCGGCGGUCGGAAAAUCUCAGCUCUUGGCUCGUUUCGCUCGCAAUGAGUUCAAUUUGGAUUCCAAAGCCACAAUCGGCGUCGAAUUCCAGACCAAAACUCUUCUCAUCGAUCACAAAACCAUCAAAGCCCAGAUUUGGGAUACUGCUGGUCAAGAAAGAUACCGAGCAGUGACAAGCGCAUACUAUAGAGGUGCAGUGGGGGCGAUGCUAGUCUAUGACAUAACCAAGCGUCAGUCAUUCGACCAUGUCGCCCGGUGGUUAGAGGAAUUGCGGGGCCAUGCAGACAAAAACAUUGUCAUUAUGCUUGUGGGGAAUAAAUCUGACCUAGGGACUCUUCGAGCUGUACCCACCGAGGAUGCAAAAGAGUUUGCGCAAAGAGAGAACCUAUUUUUUAUGGAGACAUCAGCACUCGAGUCUACAAAUGUUGAGUCAGCAUUUCUUACGGUCCUCACAGAAAUUUAUCGAGUCAUUAGCAAGAAGGCCCUCAUUGCCAAUGAGGAACAGGAGGCCUUAGGCAGUUCAUCGCUUCUCAAGGGGACAAAGAUUGUUGUCCCUGGACAAGAACCAGAACCAGUUCGGAGCUCUAGUUGUUGCAAAUAUUCAUAGGAUUAUGAUUCUUAACCUACACUUUGACGGAUUGCAACUGUUUACUAUUUACUAUAUGAAAGUCAUCUUACACAGCUCCUUACGGACCAGGUAAAUCGGUCUAUCUUCUUGUAAGAAGCUUUUGUAGGCAGAUUGGUUUUGUAUGCGGACUCACAGAAAUGCAAUGAAUUUGACACGUACUUCUCAUAUUCAAUGCCAAUACCAUUCCAUCAUAUUGUUUUUCCGCAUUCUGGGGAUAGAAUGUUAUGGAUUGUUUAAGAUCAGAUACACACCUACACAGAAGAAACUGGAUAAACAAACCUUCUGAUCAGAAAAACGAGCAUAUCACAGUUUAAAAAGUGUGUGAAUUGAAUUCUAAUUUUCAAGGACAUGGUGGUCUUCUAUGAUUUGUUUAACCUAUUUAAGUACAUUUCUCUGCAUAAUGCACUAGAUUCAAGUACCAGUCAUUGCAGCUGAUUUCUUCUUUGUAUAGGAAAGGUCUAAUUGUGACUAUCAAAAUGAUUUUCUGUAACGAAUUUAUAGAAAUUGUUCCUCUUGG